GAUUCUCUCUUCAUCAUCUCUAUAUAACUUUUAGUCGACACAAGAGAGUUCUUUUAACUGUCUAUGUUUUUCUAUGUUUUUUUCCAAACGUAUCAAACCUCUGCUCUUUCUCUCUUUUAUAGAAGUUGCACCAAUACAGAGAAAAGGAACAAGAAAACAGUGAUUAUAAUGCUAGUGGCCUAAACCAAGAUUGCUGAGUUGAUGUAUAUGCAGAAAAAGAUUUGCUAAAGAGGUUCUUGAUUCAAGCAUUUUUCUAUGUGUCAGACUAUGUCUCAUGGUUACAAAUCCUCAUCAAUGGGGUAUGCAUACAUGGAUAAGAAAUGGGUAUUCUCAUUUGUGAUCACAUCUCUUGUGUGCGUUGUCCUCAUCGUAACCUCCUUCAACAUGGGUCUAAUGACUUCAUUUCGACCACCAUUCAAUGAAACUAUUCCACAUUUCGCAACAAAUGAUCCCAAAGUUGAGGAGGACAAGCUCCCACGUUUAGCUUACCUUGUCUCCGGGUCUAAAGGAGAUCUUGCAAGUCUUUGGAGAACUCUUAGAGCAUUGUACCAUCCAAGAAACCAAUACAUUGUUCACUUGGAUCUUGAAUCAUCCCUUGACGAGAGACUAGAGCUGGCUUCUCGCAUUAGUAAUGAUUCUAUGUAUUCUAAGAAUGGGAAUGUUUAUAUGAUAACCAAAGCUAAUCUUGUGACCUAUACUGGACCAACAAUGGUAGCGAAUACACUUCAUGCUUGUGCCAUUCUUCUUAAGAGAAGUCCGGAUUGGGAUUGGUUUAUUAAUCUCAGUGCUUCAGAUUAUCCAUUAGUGACACAAGAUGAUCUUUUGUAUACAUUUUCAACUUUGGACCGCAACCUCAACUUUAUCGACCACACAAGUGACUUAGGUUGGAAAAAUGAAAAACGGGCAAUGCCAUUAAUGGUUGAUCCUGGACUCUACAUGCUAAACAAAGCAGACAAUCUUUGGGUCAGACCUGGUCGAAGUUUACCAACUGCGUUUAAGUUACAUACCGGAUCAGCUUGGAUGGCUCUCUCUCGCUCCUUCGUGGAGUAUAUCAUUUGGGGUUGGGACAACUUACCAAGAACUUUACUCAUGUAUUACACAAACUUUGUUUCUUCUCCUGAAGGUUACUUCCACACAGUCAUAUGUAACGCCCCUGAGUUCUCCAAAACCGUGGUGAACCAUGAUCUUCACUACAUCGCGUGGGACAGACCUCCAAGACAGCAUCCUCGUACGUUGUCCUUAGGAGACAUGGAGCCAAUGAUUGCCAGCGGUGCUCCAUUUGCUAGAAAGUUCAGUAGAGAUGACAGUGCUUUGAAUAAGAUCGAUAAGGAACUGCUUAUGCGGACCAACAAAGGUGGUUUCACUCCUGGUGGGUGGUGUGGUGGGAAACAGGAGUGCACAGUUGUGAAAGAUGUGGCUAAGAUCAGACCUGGUUUAGGGGCAGAGAGGCUCAAGGGGCUUGUAGAUAGGUUAGUUGCAGAAGCAAAAUCAGGACAAAACCAGUGUGAAUAGAGUCAAGAUAUCAAGCUUGGGGAGAAUCUUGCAGUUGAAGGCAAUAUAUAUACAACACAGAUUGAUUGUAUUAUUUCAUAUAGAUUAAAGGUUACUUGUAUGUCAAGUGACCUAGUGGUUUCAUUAGGGCGUACUAAUGAGUAUACUAUACAAAUAAUAAAGAUCAUAUAUAUACUUUUAUACAUAGUUCUAUAAUAGCAACAAUGUUUCCACUUUUCGUA